AUAUGAUUUAGUUUAAAAUUUAAUUUGUAUUUCACAUUAUAGGCAAAUAGGAGUUGUUCAGCAAGGUGUUCCUAAUUUAAUUAAGGAUAUGAAGGUUGCUAAAGAGAAAACCAAACUUUUUAUUGGAGCAACAGCAGCAAACAAGAAAACGGGUUUUCCUUGGACUGCAGCAGAAAUGAAACAUUUGAAUCCUCAGGAAGAUGUUGGUCUUCUGUACAAACCUGAUAUGAUGUGGAUUCAUCCUGAUCUAGAUACAUCUCAAGAGUUCCAGAUGUCUCCAGAUAUACUUCUUAUCAGGCUAGAGAAAGCAGUGGCAUCAUUUACUGACAGUGUACGACCUGUCUGCUUAGCUACUCCAGAUUUUAUCGACUUCCCUCCUUGUACAGAUGCUUCUGUGGAUAGGGUUGCCCGAGGGCUGGAGAAGGGAGCAAUUAGAGGGAAAAUGUUGGGUGGAUGUGGAUUAGUUGCUGGGUGGGGUGCGCGUUUUGACAGUACCCUAGACGCAGAAAUUUGCGUAACUGCUCCCAGCAGAGAGUUUCCUGGCAGGAGUAAAAAAUGCGUUGGCUCCUGGAAUGUUCAAGGAAGGAAGGUUAUGGAAUGUUCUCUGAGUGCUCCUCUUCCGACAGAUUUUGAUACUGCUUGUCAGGAAUUCAUGCAAGAGAGCAACUUUAGGAAUGCUGUUAAUGAUCCAAGCUCCCCAUGGCCCUAUGGAGACUUUAACAAAAUAGCUAGCAGUGGAUCAGUUAAAAUUAUCGAGAUAAAACGAGGCUCAAAUAAAACCUACAUCUGCAGUACUACAGAUAUAGAGGCAGUUGAAAGGGCGUACAAAGCUGAAAACCCUUCUCCGGAGUCUAAAUUCCCAGGAUGGUGUGCUACUGAUACAAAUAGCUUUGGCAAAAUAUUAGAAAUGGGUCUCUGCGAAGAGAAUUGUUUAUCCGAAGAUACUGGGAUCAAUUUUGCUACCGUGAACCUUUUAACUGUAGACGAGUGUGAGUAUCUCUUCAAGAAUGUUGAUAACUCUCGUUUGGACUUUAAACCCGAGCUAGAACUUUGUGGUGGUAAAAAGACGUUACUUCCCCCUGUUCAAAAUGAGUUUAUCAGAAUAAGGAAGGGUAAAGAGGAACAAGAUCUAGAUAAUCAACUCUUAAAGAAGAUUGGUGAUAAAGAUUCCAAGUUAAUAAAACCUUCUAAGAACAAAUUUCUGUACCAAGGCCCGAAACGGGAUCUUGCAGGCCUUGAAGAAGAUUAUCCUUACAACUGGUAUCUGGGAGGACGAGAUACUUGCCAGGGGGAUUCAGGGGGUCCAAUUGUGAGAAAUGUUCCGGCGAACGGUAGGGUUCGAGCAACGCAGUUAGGAGUUGUAUCCCGUGGUGCCGGUUGUGCUAGUUUUAAUGCACCUGGAGUAUACACAAGAGUUGUCAGUAUAUAUGACUGGCUGAAGAAAACUAUUUCUGAGAAUUCUGGUGGAACUAAAAUGUGUUUUAAAUAAACUAUCUACCUCUGUAAAAUCUAAUAUCCAAUUCUUGAGGACUGAGGACUGAUGACUGAUUAUGAUGUACAAAUAAAAUUUAAAAUACAUUUUCUACGUGAAACAAACGAAACAACGAAGAAUAUCCUGAAAUAUUUUGAUUUCUAAUUUAACAUACUUUGUAAAUAGUGUAAGAGACCAAAUAUACUUUAAUGUUCAAAAUG